UAGGCGCAGAAGGGCAGCCAAUGAGAAAGGGCGGGGCGAGAGAAGAACGAAAUCGGGUCGAGUCUCCCCUUUUGUGCAACCGGCGGCUCCUUUUGUCCCCCAGGAAAAGCUUCAGUUACAGAGGUCAUGACGCGCAAAAAUCCGUGGAAAAGGCAACCGCGAGAGCGGCCAGCAAAAAAAGCUGCUAUUUCCAGACUUUUAUUCUGAAAACAUUCUUCGCUAGAAGGAGGGUGGAUCAUUUUCUUCCACAAGAAGCCCUUGCCUUUUUCAGUGGCUCAGCUCACACUUUCUCAACCGCUAUGGGUCUGGAAGCAAAGCCCGUUGUUGUCCACCACCCAUACUGGCCUCGGGAUUUGGAGCUCCAAAACUAUGUCCCAAAUGAUCGACCCUUAUGGCAGAUCCUGGCAUUCUUAUUCUCUGCUUCAGGAAUUCUCCUGAUAUUGGCUUGGUUCGUGGCAGGCUGGCAGAGCAAGACAUCGGGCCCUCUUGGAACCUGGCGCUCCUUGAUCAUUGGCUGGUUUACUGUCUGUGGUUUUAUUCAUAUUGUCAUCGAAGGCUGGUUUAGCCUCUACUACAUGGAAAUCCCAGGGGAUCUAUCCUUUCUCUCACAGCUCUGGAAGGAAUAUGGCAAAGGUGACAGCAGAUAUGUCAUAGCAGAUAAUUUCACAGUUUGCAUGGAGACCAUCACUGCCUAUUUUUGCGGUCCCCUCAGUCUUUGGACUGCAGUAGCGUUUCUUUCAGGCCAGUCCCAUCGAUAUGUGCUGCAGCUAGUGGUGUCAGUAGGUCAUCUAUAUGGAGACAUUCUGUACUUCUACACUGAAUACCGCGAUGGCUUUAGCCAUAGUGAGAUGUGGCACCCAAUGUACUUCUGGUUUUAUUUUGUCUUCAUGAAUAGUCUGUGGGUUAUCAUUCCCUCUAUUCUCAUCUGGGAUGCCUGGAAGCACCUCAGCACUUGCCAAAGAGUGGUGGAUGCUAGCAAAUCUAAGCAACAUUGAUCUCUUGCAGAGGAGGUCAUACUGGACGGUACUUCCAGCCAUUCGGAGAUUGAUCUCCUACUUUAUGCUCCUCCUCCUGUCCCUCUGCACUUGUUUAAAUAUUUUCUGUGGUUUCUCUCCCUUUUCAGAUUUUAUGUUGAAUUGAUGGACAAACACCACCAUUGAUGGUGGCCAUUCUCUUCCCCUUCUUUAAGUGUUCGUAGGUCUAAGGUUAAGACUGCAAUUUUAUCUUCGUAUGACUAAGCUCCUUUGUGGUCAGGAGGCUUUACUUCUAAAUAAAUGUCAUUCGGGUUAGGUGACUCAGCUAAUGCUGCCUUCGUAGUACAAAUCAGUGUUGAAGAGAGCACUGCUACAGACCACAUAGGUAACUUUGUGUCCCUUGAUACCUGGAGCUAUAAUCACAUAAGUCUGCAGGGAGAGCCCCACAUUUAGUAUUCAUAAAACUGGAAUAUGGAGGCUAUGCAGGAAACAUUCAGUCUCUUCCCUAUUCUCGGUUUAGGGCCAAGCAGAAGGUAGCUUUAUAGGAGUUCACAAUUUGUUUCUGUCCAUAUAAAGAGAUUCCACAGCUUGCCUUGAAGCUUUUUUUCUUCCCAUGUGGAAUAAAUAGCCGGUGACUGGCUUGAACUGGGAAAUAUUAUCUGGCAGCUGCCACCCAAGAAUUAUAAAUGCUUUGAGGUAGAGCAAAGAAGAAGCUAUCAGAUCUCCAUACCUAAGCUCUAUUCCUAAGGAACUGCUGGAGUAGGUUCUUAAGAGUGUAGUGGAAGCAUAGGAGAAAAUACUUUGACAUCACCGCUUAUUUUUAUUCAUUCUUUUCUUAACUCAACUGCUUUGACAUGUUCAGACAUCAGCGUGUGUCUGCAGCAGAAAAUCCAGCCUCAAGAUUGAUAUAGAAGUAGACCUGUUGCUGUAGGGGCAAAUAUUUGCUAAACAAUGUUCCAGUUUAUCACUGUAUCCCAAACUCCACCUCCUUGAGUACCUCUGUACAGUGCUCAACUCUUAUUUGUAAACUGAGGCGUGACAUUUGAAUAAACAAUCUCUAUACUGUA